CCAUCUUUUUUUUUUGCCUUCACCUCCAUUUUUCUGGAAACUUUGGUUGCGAUGGGUAAGAUCCGACCCGGACCGGAUCCAAAAGCGGCAUUGGUCUCAGAAAUUUUAUCCCUAUCAAGAUCACCAAUCUCUUGCAUUCACAUCAAUCGCAUCUCAUCCGGUUCAUGUUUCAUCGACUGGUAUCUCAUUCUCGGUAUCCAGGAAGAUGCAGAGGUCAAGGUCAUACGUAAAAGAUAUCACAAAUUAGCUUUGAAAGUUCAUCCGGAUAAAAACAAUCACCCAAAUGCAGAUAUUGCUUUUAAGCUCAUCCACGAGGCUUAUUUAUGUCUUUCAGACGAAACAAAGAGAAUAAGCUUCAACACAGAUCGACGAAAGAACAUUUGUCUAAAAUGCAGCCGAGUCUCACACAAAACCAAAGAGAACCGUAACGAUUCUAAACCGAGCCGGUUCUGCCAAACCCUCAAGGACAUUAGGGACAAGUUCAGAGAAGAGAACAAGGUGAUAGAGAGGUGUCUAAAAACCAAUAGUGCAAUCUUCAUGGGGAACCGAACCAAGGAAACACCGGUUUAUGGUAUACCAAACCAAAACCGGUUAAAGAAGGAGUCGCCUGUUUUUAAUCCAUCGGAUUACAGGUUAUGGGGUUAUCCACAUGUGAGAAAUCGGGUGUUCGACUACAACUUGUCGUCGGAUUGGAAUAUGUUCACGAGAAGCAGAUCCACUUGUGUUCACUCAUCGUGAUGAUUUAGCUUUCGGUUUUUAAAUAUUUACUUUUUAUUUAUUUUUUUCCAUUUAGUUUAAAUAAGUGAGAAAAUAUCUAUUGAUUUUUUUUAGCUUCAUUGUAUUCUAUCAUUAUUCAAACUGGAAAAUCUUUGGACUACAAUCAAAAAUCUUGGUCCAG